UUACUUCUUCUUGAAGGUCGGGGCCGUGUAUUUCCGCCUGUACUUGGCGUGCUGGGGCGACUUGCGCCUCAGCCACUCCACACCCGUCAUCCACUUGCGGUAGCGGUCGGAAAACAGAAGCUGCUGUUGCCACAUCGCACCAGCCAUGAGGGAAGGAAAGAACGGGGACGGGAUCUGGGCUGCAGAUGCCGCGGACGAGGGAGGCGAGAGGGCGGCGCGGGGAGGGAUGCAUCGCGUCAAUGAUAAUGGGGAGAAAAGAAGGGUGCGCCUGCACAGGGGAUACAGCGGCUCUAGCAU